AUGAAACAAUUAAUUGUUGGCGCAUUUCUUAUCCCAUUUUUAAUUUGUGGUAUAUCAUUUCUUGGUAAUUUUAUUUCAAUUUAUUAUGGAUCAUCGCGUUCAAUACCAUUUACUGUUAUGUUAAGUGUAGCAGCUAUUUGUUUAUUUGUUAUUUUAUCAUUAACUGCAAUUGGAACAGUAUUUGAAAGAAAUAUAAAUGGCAAAAUAAAUCAUCCAUGUCAAACAAAUGCUGUACUACAAUCAAUACCAGAAAAGAAAUGGUUUAUAGAACCAUAUGUAAUUAUACUUGCAAGUGAAAUUUUACUAUUUGGAUCUAUUUUUAUUGAAAUGUAUUUUCUUUUUACAUCAUUUUGGGCUUAUAAGAUUUAUUAUGUUUAUGGAUUUAUGUUACUUAUAUUUUUAAUUCUUAUUGUUGUUAUUGUUUGUAUAACAAUAGUUGCAACAUAUUUUUUGUUUAAUUCCGAAGAUAAUCGAAGGUAA